AGGAAUUUGCCGAGCGAUGCGACUGAUUUCGGCUACAACCUCAUCAUGAGUGGCUGGAGCCUCACUACGUCAGCAUAUGAGCGCAUCCAGCACUUUCUAUCUUUCAAUCUAUCUGGCUUCUAUUUUUCUUCCUUACCAGGUAAUCUUCAGCCUGUAUCUACUCACGCUUGGCAAAUAGCAUUUUGGCGGCUUCUAGAGAUCACUUCUCUGUCCGUCUACUUUGCAUCUGGUCGGCCGGCGCUCUAGACGGAGUCACACCGCGCUUGUUUCUUUUUUUAUACUUUCCAGCGUCAACAUUAUUUGUGCUUCGGGGAUAUCUUGCAGAAGUCGUGCGACAACAGCGAACAUGGCAUCUUCCCCUCCCUCUCCCCACAGCGCGACGGCCAUGGACAAACUCAUCGAUCAACACCCUCUUCAACGCCUCGAGUCGCCGUCGCGCGGAAUCUCGGCGCUCGUCCACGUCUUGGGCCUGGCGAGCUUCGGGUACUCGUACAACUACCUUAUCGCCAACCCGAACCAGAUCAACCAAGCGUAUGGCUGGCACUUCCAGUACCUGACGAUCAUCGGAUUAAGUCUCGCGACAUUGACAUUCCUAUUGGCAUUGCUUGCAGACUUUACGCGCUCGCCACGGGUGUUUGCGCUCAAAAAUCUGGUGUCCAUGUGCUCCGCGCCCAUGGAGGUGCUCAUCAGUUCUCUCUACUGGGGUUUACGGGCGAUCGAUCCUGCGCUCGUUGUCCCGCCGGAACUUGAGCUGCCGGUCAGCGCGGAUGUGAGUUUCCAUUUGGCGCCCAGUGUGUUGUUGUUGGUGGAUCUGUUGUUGCUGAGUCCGCCUUGGGCGAUUACUGUCCUGCCGGCCGUUGGGCUGAGCGUGGUGAUUGCGAUGGGGUAUUGGUGGUGGAUCGAGCUUUGUUACAGUUAUAAUGGCUUCUAUCCUUACCCUUUAUUUGCGAUGCUGGAUUCGACGCAACGGGUUGGACUUUUCGUGGGGAGUGCGCUGGUUAUGGCUGCGAAUACGAUGGUUUUGAAGUGGCUUUACGGGAAAGUCAAUGGGUUUGGGAGGAAGGCUGUGAGUAGGCCGGGGAAGGUUAAUUAGAGGCGAGAUCUUCUGAAUGGGAAGGUGGUGACAGACGGUCAGUAAGGAGGCCAACGCACGAGAGGGGAUAGAGGAUGCAGAGGAUACGAACAACGUAAGGUGGUGGUCCGACGGCGGAAGAAGGAUACUCGUACGAGGGAGGCAUUGAGUGAUGUCUU